AGCCAACAAAGAGAUCCCAAUCAACCUUAGCUUCGAGCAACUUAGUUGUCCGUGGUGCAACGAGGUGACGCCGAGUUGAAAUGGGCUUUCAUUUUUUAGUUAAGACAAGAGUCUUUCUACCCGGCGUCAUCGUUGCACCACCGAUAGCCAUGAGUUGCAUUGCAUAUAUAUAUAUAUAUGCAUCCAUAUUGUCUUCUUCCACAUUCACUACAAAGGUAAAUCAUUGUCAUUACUAUCAUUAUUCUUAAAUAAUCAUCGUACCAAAAAAUUUUAAAUCAUUAUAUUACAUAUUACAGUGGUCGGGUUCAUUAAUUACAGGCGAAAACUUGGACUGAGUUUACACUUUGAAUUUUAGCUCUACUUAUUAAUUGUUCGUUCUUGUCCCAAGUCCCUGUCGGGAAUGGAUUGAUCAAUCAAGACAACAUACUUAAAUUUCAUUUUUGAUUAAAUAAAACAAUAAUUAACAGUUACGAGUUGUAUAUGCAAAUCAUUGGAGUCCCUUCAGCUCCCCUGUUUCAGACCACCGCCGGAAUGGCUUCGCUGGCCAUUUUUCCGGCCAUUGUUGUAUUCUUCCACAUCUUGAUCACCAUUGCUCAAUCCUACACCAACAUCUCUCUAGGAUCGUCGAUUUCCACGAACGGCCCAGAUUCGCCCUGGAAGUCUCCCUCCGGCGAAUUCGCUUUCGGCUUUCUCGCCGUCCCCGGCGCCGGCGGCUACCUUCUGUCCAUCUGGUUCGACAAAUUACCUGACAAGACCGUCGUCUGGUCCGCCAAUCGCGACAGUCCAGCCCCGCCGGGAUCGAAAAUUCAGCUGUUCGACGACGGGAGGUUUGAGCUCAGCGAUAAAAGGGGCCGCCGGAUUUGGGCCGCCGGUGGCAUCCCCUCCGGCGCCGGCGUGGCAUACGCUGCCAUGCUCGACACCGGGAACUUUGUCCUGGCGAGGAACGACUCGACGGCGGCGUGGCAGACCUUCGACUCGCCGACGGACACGCUGCUGCCGGCGCAGGCGCUGAAUCGUGGUGACAGUUUGAUUUCGAGGUUUUCCGGCGAGAAUUAUUCCCGGGGAAGGUUCACGUUCAUUAUGCAGGACGACGGGAAUCUGGUGCUGUACACCAGGAACUUUCCGCUAUACGACGUCGUCUCGGCGUAUUGGUCCACGCAGACCGUCGGCACUGGAUCCCGGCUCGUCUUCAACGAGUCGGGGUAUAUAUACCUGACCGGUAGGGACGGAGCGGUUAUUUUCUUCCUGGCGUCGAACCCGGUUCCGGCGGACCGGUUCUACCAGCGGCUGACGCUCCAAUACGACGGCGUUUUGCGGCACUACUUCCGCCCUAAAUCCGGCGGAUCGGGGUGGUCGGUGAACGUCUAUUUCCCGUCCAACAUAUGCCUCCGAAUUCUGCAGAGCACCGGCGGCGGCGCGUGCGGAUUCAACAGUCUCUGCUCGAUCGGCGGCGACCGGAACCCUAAUUGCGCCUGCCCGGAGGGGUACUCGUUAGUGAACCCUAGCGACAAAUUGGGGGAUUGCAAACCUGAUUUCGCCCCGCAGAGCUGCAAUAAUUCGAAGGAGAGCGAGCUUUAUGGAUUUGUGGAGAUGGUGGAUACCGAUUGGCCUCUUUCCGACUACGCUCAUUUCGAUCCGGUGAGUGAGGAGUGGUGCCGGCAGGAGUGUCUCGUCGAUUGCUUCUGCGCCGUCGCGAUUUACAGGGAGAGCAAUUGCUGGAAGAAGAAGUUUCCGUUGUCGAACGGGAGGAUCGACGCCACCGUCGGUGGGAAGGCGCUGAUCAAGAUCAGGAAGAUCAACGGUACGCGUGAGACGAUGAAUCCACACCGUUAGAUGAUAUGUAGGGUCCACAGAAUUAACGCGGUGGAUUAAUUUCCUAAUUGGGCUUAAAAAUAUGUUUGUAUAUCAGCCUUUCGCAGGCCCAUUAUAAAAAUGACGACAGUUUCUGACCGUUGGAUCUGAUUUAAAUCAGCGGUGCAGAUCUACCCAGAUUAAACGCUCAAUUCGCCUUCACUUCCAUUCCAUCUCCUGCUUAUCGAUCAUUCCUUUCCUGCUUUAGCAUGGAUUCAUGUCUUUGCAAUCCUCCUUCUGUGUUUCUACUUGAUCGUCUCCGAUUUGGUGUUCAAGGGGAGGUUUGCGUUGAGUUGUUGGAUGGAGGUUUCUGUUUUGAUUGGGAAAUCGUUGGAAACCCUAAUUUUAAUUUCAGUAACUGUUUUAGCUGGUCAAAGUCACUGCGGUGGCCAAUAAAGAGGGGAAGGUCAAAUAUUGGGAAUUUUUAUGGCACAGUAGUUGGGUUUAUGCAGCUCCCACUCGGGUUUAUUUUGGCAGUGUUCACACACACACACACACGCAUAGAGGCUAACAUAAGAAUAUGCAAACCCAAUCAACAAAUAUCUCCCCACGUUUCUCUGCUGGCAAGGCCUUUCAUUAUCCAUCCUUUCUCUUCUCCGCGUUUACCCUUUUCUGUGUGGUGUAAUAUUUCUGCCUCAGCCAAUCUUUGAUCUUGUUGAAGAAAUCCAAUCCUGUGGUUCAAGAUCACAUUUAUCAUUCCCGAACUAUUUGUGAUUGCCACUGUUUGAAAUAUUGUGAUUGAAGAUUCAUUCUUUCUUUACCUUUUUGGCGAUUUUUGAGACACCGGUUGAUGGUUUAGCGGAUUCGCUGUGAUGGCUUGUUUGAAAUAUUAGGACUUGCGUGAUAUCUCUAGGUUCGCGAUCAUGGGCAGGGGCAGAGCAAAGGGAAAGAAGCUAUCCUCAACCAGCCAAGACGAUCCUGGGAGUGGUGAGGAAGAAAAAAUCCCGCAACAGAAAAGAAGAGGAAGGCCACAGAAGCUCCUUAAAGAGGAGAUGGACGAGGAAGAAGCCCAAAAGAAUGAAGAUGACGACAGCGAGAACACACUGGAUGGUGACGUGAAAAGCAAGUCCCCACUGGUUGGGAAGAAGCGAGCAAGGACUGCCCAGACAAAAGACAAAGCAGCCGACUCAGUGAAGGAGGAAAAUGGGAAUGGAACGAGCACUGAGGACAAGGAGUCGAACAAACCGAAUGGCUUCCGGACAAAUGGGAACCGGCGAAAGAACAAGCCUCACCGCGCUGCCGAGGCUGUUGUUGAGUGCAACUGAGCAGAGCUUUUUUCUGAAGAAAGAAGGGAUUCUCACUCAAUACAGUGAUACGCCAUUGUCUAAUUUCUCUACUUUGUGCUGUUCUUCUGUUGCCUAUCAUUUUUGGGACAUCUCUUGUGUUUAGGAUUCAAUUUGUUACUUUUGGGACAUCUUUGUUGACUCUUGUGGUGAUAUAUUUCAUGAUAAGAUUUACAUGUUUGGUUA